GUCGACGAUAACUUAUACACCAACUCAUCCCGACUACAGAAGUAGUGAUACUGUACGUGUGCUUUUUACUAUCUUCGGUGCUCGACAAGACAUCAUUCCUUUGCUAUAAUGGAUCAUUACUCUCGAUCAGAACGGGAUUCCGAAGAUUCUUACUCACACCUACCUAGAUCAAGAGCUAGUAGCACAGUCUCGACGACAGCGGGGUUUCGCAACUUAGGUCUCGUCGAUUCGUAUCAUAGUCAACCAGCAUCUUCACGAGGGCCACAACCGCCUUAUACCAAUACCCCUCAUCGCUCUGCGCCAUUUAUAUCAGACCACACAUCUUAUCCAGCUCUACCCUCUCAGGGUACUUUGGAUGCCGAGUGGAACGAGAGGCAAACUCAAUCUCAAGACACACCUUUAUUAAGGGUCGAUCCAGUCCGGGAUUCUUCCCCUUCUACAUCUUCUUUACCUCCACCAACAACAUCCACAAUGAGUACCGUAGCAGUAGCUUUCGAUCCUAGACUGGAGAUGGGGAUUCCCCGCUCCUCUUACACAUGGCCCGUUCUCGAGUCGGGUCCUGAUCUAUUAGGGCACGAUCUAAGUUCCGUUGGCCACGGUUCCGAUGCCAGCAUGACUCCUCCGAGCGGCUCUCGAUCUUUAACCUCCAGCCCGCCGAGGUUCACCCUGACACCAGAGCAGCGCGAACUUAAGAGGCAGCGAGAUCAAGCUCGACGGGAUUCAAAGUCAUCAGCUCGAGUGCGCCGUGCUAUGAGCACUUACUCCUCCGCUUCUCAAUCUCCUACGCUUUCAAUGCACGAGUUUUCUUCUGCGUCGCCUGUGCCAGUGUACUCGACAGCGCCCUCGCAAAUAUCUCUUCUUGCGGAACCGGCAACAACUAUGGCGGGGUCAUAUAUGUCAUCUUACUCAACAUCGCCUCUUCCUGACCACGGCUCGCCAAUGUUCACAUCUCACUUUUCUUCAUUGCCACCUGCCGAUUACUUGGGUUUGAAUUACUCUCCGGGCUACCCUCCACCACCUCCUUCCGCCCACAGUCUAUCUUCUCAAUACAGUCGCCCGUCACCCCCGAUGCACGAAUCUGGAAUGAUGUAUCCCGUUCAAGCCCCUCAAGUUCUCUCUUCGGGCAACGGUGCCACGCAGGAGGCUGGUCACGUUCGUGUCGUCCAAAGCCGACCCAAACCACAGUGCUGGGAACACGGCUGCAACGGACGACAAUUCUCAACCUUCAGCAACCUUUUAAGACAUCAACGUGAGAAGUCGGGACAAGCUGCUAAGGCGACAUGCCCCAACUGCGGUGCUGAGUUCACAAGGACUACUGCUCGCAAUGGACAUCUGCUUCACGACAAGUGCAAGCAAAGGCGAAACAGUUAAGAAGUGAAAAAUAAAAUAAAAUGAAAUAAAAAUUCAGACUGCACUUUGUACGAUUUAAACGAUGGAUGGACGAUUGUUAAAGAUUCCCGAGGCUGAAAAUACGGAUGCUACGAGAAUUAUCUGGAGCGGGACAGGGUUUAGACGACGGCUCGACUGGCAUGCAAAACAAUCGGACAUAUCUUUACAUGG